GUCAGGAAGUGGAAUAGCCAUUUGGACACGGGCAGAACACCGCGCAUGUCCUGCUCGCACGUGGAGGACCGACGCGGAGACCCCUCGCCUGAAAUUCUAGUUUCCCGAGCAAAAAAGGACAUUUAGGCGUGAAAUAGAACGUGUUAUGGUGGGAAGUCUAAAACGCGAAUUGACUGUACUGUAAAUAAUUAUCAGGAUGGUGUCUGUGACCAAAAUGAGUAAGCAAGUCCCACCCAAAGCAGUCUCCAAAAAGAAGAAUAUGAAAAAGACUCAAGCAAAGAAAGCCAUAAAUGAAAAACCUGUAGAUGCAAAGGUUGAUGGUAGUUUGAAAAAAGCAGCGAGUGAUUCUAGAAUGGGUAAGAAAGUUGCACCCAAAACAGUUCCCAAAAAGAAGAAAACGAAGAAGACUCCCGUGAAGAAAGCCAUAAAUGAAGAACCUGCAGAUGGAGUGAUUAAUGAUGGUUUGGAGAAACAAGAGAAUGGUUCUAGGAAUGGUAAUGAACAGCAGUUGGAAAAUAAGGAAAAGGACCAAGCUUCUCCAAAGAAAAAUGUAAAGGCAAAAAAAAAUAAGAAAAAGAAAAUGAAUAAGUCAUUAGAGACAGCUCAGGAGGCCUUGCAAGAAAAUCAAGGUGCAGAUGAAGAGAGCAAUGAUGAUAAGAUGCAGAUUGAAAAUCCAGAAGCAAAAACCCAAAACAAGAAAAAGAGGAAGAGUGACAGCCAAGAUACUGCCGAGAAUAAAGGAGGAGUAAAGACAAAUAAGAAAAAGAAAAUGAAGUCAGUAAACACAGCUGAGAAGCCAUCAGAAGAAAAUAAAGAAGCAGAUGAUGAGAAGUUUGUAGAUGAUGUGGAGGAGGACAAAGAUGAACAAAAAUCUACUAAGGGAUUGAGUGAUGAAGAAAAAGAAGAAAUUGAUCGUCGUACCAUAUUUGUUGGCAAUGUUUAUAUUAAAACAAAGCGAUCAGCAUUGCGUAAUAUUUUUAAAGAAUAUGGUGAGAUCGAGACCAUUCGAUUCCGUAAUGCUGCUGUUGCUGACCCUAACGAGUCCAAAAGAGUGGCGAUGAUUAAGAGACAUUUCCAUGAGUCGCAGGUAUCCAUUACUGCCUAUGUGAAAUUCAAAACUGAGGAAUCGGCAAUAGCUGCACUGAGUGCCAACAACACGAUUUUCAAGGAAAGGCACCUUCAAGUCGAUCGAGUCAGUGGAAGCCGUAAAGUCGAUCCUAAGUGCUCUGUCUUUAUUGGAAAUCUUCCAUUUGAUGCCAAUGAGGAAGAGCUUCGAGAAAUUUUUCAGGACUGUGGUGCAAUUGAUAAUGUUCGCAUUGUACGUGACAAAUUGUUCUUCAGUUCAGCGAAGACUUCCUUGAUCGGCGUGUCGUCGGGCGGGCGUGAUGAACUGCUCUUCCCUCUUCCGGUUGACGGCAAAGUGCACCUGAACCUUCUUAUACCAACGUGUUACAACGUGUCCAGACAUGAACCCUUAAAUGCAAGCAAUAACUCAUCACCGCCAGUUGGAACGCGCUCACGGCGCUCGGCUGACAAGAGCUAUCACAUUACCCCCAGUUUUACUCAGACGGACUUAAAGGCAUCAACGGUAUCAACGUUUGUAGAAGUACAAUGUCUAAAUGAAUCAACACCCACCAAGGACUGUGUAGUCGCCUCCACGCAGAACACGAUGACAGAUCCUGAUCAGACCCUUGCGAAGUGUUGGUCCUUUGAUACCUUAGGAAGACUGCUGGUGCGUGUGAAGGACGGGGGACGAAUCCUUCAAGAUCAGCAUUUGCAAGUUGUGCAAAUACUAAGGACCAUUCUUAGGAGAUUUGGCUGCCUCCUCCGCCGGGAUAGCUCAGGACUUCACUUAUUACCGGCUCAAAAUUACAGCGUGGAGAGGUACAGCAAUUACAGGGACCUAAAAUACCUUAGACAUUUGAUGGCAGCGACAGCCAUUCAGUCAGAAAUAUCCUCUGGCGGGGAAAUGAGAGAUGGCGCACUUUCCAACUGUAAUGAUCCUCACGUGUUGGGUGAAAUGAGUAGGCAGCCACGUCUGUCGAUGGAAAACGCUGGUGGUACGUCUAAAGUUGAGGUUCUGGGUGGGCUUUCUCCCGUGUUCCUGAGCGUCGUCUCUUCCCUCGUCAUUAGGAAUCCUCACGCUUGGAUCUACUCCGUAGAAAUCCUUACAACAAAGCUGAGAAAAAAUUAUAAGGAGAUAUUCAGUCACCUUCCGAGGCUGCAGUUCCUUGAUGGAGUAAAAGCCAACGUUUCUGAAGAUACGGCUCUGCUAGAUGAAAUGCUAGGACAAAGUAAUGCUGCAGUGCUGAUGGCUGUGCUGAAGGGAAGCAGUGCUCUUUGGGAGAGGAGCGAGAUACAACGGAGCCUACUCGGUGCCUUUAGCAUAAUUGCAGAAGACAUCAUGGUUUCUGUAAGAAUAAUGCCUGACCCUCAACGAGCCUCACAAUAG